AUGCUGCCAGACCCAAUCAAGGUACCACUCAAGAUACUGGGCUGGGUUGGGGUCAAAUCAUUUCAUUUGAGUCAAUUCAGGAAGUAAACUGAUAUUCAAAUUUUCCCCAUCAACAAGGGCAAUUUGAAUUAGAAUUUCAGUUUGGUUCCUGAAUUGAGACUGUGAUAGCGUGAGUGGUGUUUCAGCUUACCUCAGGUUACGAAGGUUCUGUAGGUUCGUAGGUUCCGAUUACAAAAUGGCCAAUCCCAUGAGCAUGAAUUGUAUGGAUUCCUAUGGAGAAAAGGGUCUUACAAUGUGAAUAUGCUGUCUUACCUGGUCUCUCCUGCUAGAUCGUCUGCCUGACAAACAGUGUCUCUGAGGCUAAUGACCUGGCUAUGCUUAUGGCUAGACUACACACAGGAAACGUUGAUAUCAUCACACUGAGGUAAUGAAACCUUGGUAUUGUAUGUCAAGUCUAUUUACUACUGCAUGUUUAACUGUGAUGAGUACUAAUAGGCCUACUGUAUGUUAUUGUCUCUUUAUCUGACCUGUGUAAGGGAGUGAUAUUACACUUACAUGUAUUGCACAUGCAUGUGCGCAUCUAGACGAGUGUGUAGUAAUAGUAUGUUUUACUCUAGUGUUACCUCACAGGAGAGGUUUGACCUGCUUCUCACUGCAGUGUAACAUUCCGCUGGCUCAGGAGAACAAAGAGAACAUUCAGAGAACGCAUUUCUUCAUGCGUUGAAGUGGAUAUUGAUGUAGAAAAUUGUCCUUAUACUUAUUAAAAAAUCAAAGUACUUCCAGAGUUUUUGUAGAAUUAAGAUAUACUUUAUUACACAAGCAAUAGAGCCGAGCUGGUCUGCAGAGCAACUAACUUUCCAACACUCAGCUCUCAGUUUAUAUACAGUUCUAUUCCUGCUCAUUUUACAUACUUUUUAGCUUAAUCCCUCCCUGUUUGGUUACUCCACCACUGUUUCCAGUUUUCACCUCUUGACCGCUCAGCCCGCGAAAUCAGACUUCUCUUCCUUCUAUGUAUUCAGUUUCCGGAAACAAUAGUGGCGGGACCAAGCCCUGUCAUGUAAGAAUAACAGAGCCAUUUACUGGCUCUGUUCUGACCCUCUAAUUGAUUCUUAAACAUAUCAAUCGAUACUUAAACAUGGCUUAAACAUGGCAGGUCCAUUUUCUGAGCCAAAAUCAAUUCUCGAACAUAUACAGUUCCCACACAUAGCAGGCAGUUCCCACACAUAGCAGGCAGUUCUCACACAUAGCAGGCCCAUUCUCAGGUCCAUUUCCUGGCUCUGUUCUAGGCCUCUUCCUUCUGUACCACUUAGUCUUAACACUUGUUAUGUUGUGAUUAACUAUGUUUAACUUAUAGUCUGAAAAGAUUGAACUAUGUUUAACAUAUAGUUUAACUUAUAGUCUACUGAAAAAUCCCCAUUAAUAUUAAAUGUUUAGUUGAUCAUAAACUAAACUGUGGAAUAAACUCUGAUUGCCUGUUGCAGGGGGUCCUACCAUGGUGGAAGUCCACAGACUAUGGGCCUCACCUCCAACGCAGCCUAUAAGUACCCAAUUGCCUCUUGGUUAGCUUGCCAAAGAGCUCAGAGACAGGAUUGUGCAGAGGCACAGAUCUGGGGAAGGGUACCAAAAAAUGUCUGCAGCAUUGAAGGUCCCCAAGAACACAGUGGCCUCCAUCAUUCUUAAAUGGAAGAAGUUUGGAACCACCAAGACUCUUCCUUGAGCUGGCCAUCCGCCCAAACUGAGCAAUCGUGGGAGAAGGGCCUUGGUCAGGGAGGUGACCAAGAACCCAAUGGUCACUCUGACAGAGCUCCAGAGUUCCUCUGUGGAGACGGAAAAAUCUCGGUAGCACUCCACCAAUCAGGCCUUUGUGGUAGAGUGGCCACACAGAAGCCACUCCUCAGUAAAAGGCACAUGACAGCCCGCUUGGAGUUUGCCAAAAAGCACCUAAAGGACUCUCAGACCAUGAGAAACAAGAUUUUCUGGUCUGAUGAAACCAAGAUUGAAAUAUUUCACUUGAAUGCCAAGCGUCACGUCUGGAGGAAACCUGGCACCAUCCCUACGGUGAAGCAUCAUGCUGUGGGGAUGUUUUACAGCGGCAGGGACAUUGAGACUAGUCAGGAUCAAGGGAAAGAUGAACGGAGCAAAGUACAGAGAGAUCCUUGAUGAAAACCUGCUCCAGAGUGCUCAGGACCUCAGACUGGGGCGAUGGUUCACCUUCCAACAGGACAACGACCCUAAGCACACAGCCAAGACAACGCAGGAGAGGCUUCGGGACAAGUCUCUGAAUGUCCUUGAGUGGCCCUGCCAGAGCCUGGACUUGAACCCGAUUUAACAUCUCUGGAGAGACCUGAAAAUAGCUGUGCAGCGACGCUCCCCAUCCAACCUGACAGAGCUUGAGAGGAUCUGCAGAGAAAAAUGGGAGAAACUCCCCAAAUACAGGUGUGCCAAGCUUGCAGCGUCAUACCCAUGAAGACUUGAGGCUGUAAUCACUGCCAAAUGUGCUUCAACAAAGUACUGAGUAAAGGGUCUGAAUACUUAUGUAAAUGUGAUAUUUCAGUUUUAUUUUCUUUAUAAAUUUGCUAAAAUUUCAAAUAACCAGUUUUUGCUUUGUCAUUAUGGGGUAUUGUGUGUAGAUUGAUGAGGGGAAAAAACGAUUUAAUCAAUUUUAGAAUAAGGCUGUAAGGUAACAAAAUGUGGAAAAAGUCAAGGGGUCUGAAUAUUUUCUGAAUGGACCAGCAUACAGUACAAUGCAACAGCUCCAGUCUCAUCUCUUACAUUGGUUCUAUCCACAUAAAAUAAACCCUAUCAAUCUGGAUUUUAACAGAUCUGAGAUUUAUAGUAUGUGACACUGCUGUGCAUGAGACCAUUAACUGACACUUUAUCUAGCCUAAUUUGGCUCGUUCUCUCCUCUCUUCACAGACCAUCUGUCCUGAUGUUUUCGCUGGACCUUGGGGAGGAAGCCACUGCAGAGACUCCCCCAUACAGACCGUCAGGGACUGUAGCUGCCUCUAAGGGACAGUACAAAAAAUCCCUGAGCACAGUGAGGACAGGGGACAUGACCUCCAGACUCGGGCCUCAGCUUAGCUAUGGGUAG